AUGGACGUCAGCAUGGAAGACAGCAUCAGAUCUAUGGGUGGGUAAAUCUAUUACAACUCCAUACAUUUUUAAGUAAUAUGGCAUUGAGGGAUAUUAGUGAUUAAAUGCACCAGAUGUAUUGUUAUAUGAGGACUGAAUAACUUAUAACUGCAAUUAUGUUAUUUUAACAAGUGAUAACUUAAUUAAAUAUGUUCUUAUAUAAUACAAUGAUAUCCUAAUUCUAUCAAUUCUUUCUUUUUCAUAAGCAAUCCUUGAAGAUCCAUCACCUGAGGGCUGUCAGCCAACAUUCGAGCCCCAAUCCUUUGGAGUGGAUCAAGAUGCCUCUAAAAGGGUCGGUGACAUCCUUGUGAACAGCCGUGAGUACAGCUACACAAAUAAGUAUUCUGGCAAAAGUGGUAUUAACUGGCAUUGCACUAAAAGAGGAAAGGUAAGUAUCUCCUAUAAAUAAGAUACUUAAUAAGAUGAUGUUUGCAAUGUAUUUCAGUUCUCUUGGCAUGUCUUUAAGUUUCGAAUUUCAUAAAUGGUAUUAUUAGAUUUGAAGUGUGGACGUCUUGUAUUCUGCAGCAUACACCUUUAUUGAUAUCUGACGGGCUAUACCAGCAACUAAACUACUCGCUAGAUCUAGUUACAAGCUCGGCUUUUAUAAGUAAAGUUGAGGAUCUAGAACGUUCCGCAACAUCACAAUAGAUUCUAUUUAGAUAUCGAUUCAGGGAUGACUCAGCAUGACACAGCUACUUCUAGAACAUUCUUGAAGGUCACACUACAAGACCAUUGAUAGUAUAUAAACUGUGGUAUACCUAUCGACCGGUAUUCCAAAUAAAGUAGAAUCAAAAAAUGGAUUUUUAUGAAAUAAUUGUUGUUAUAUAGGUCGCUUCAUGCAAAGCUCAUGUCAAGCAAUGUGGUGCUGAAUUUGUGAUUGGCCCUAUAAACCACAACCAUGAACCAAAAACUGGAGUUUCAAUGGUAGCUAAAAUUAGCAAGGAAGUCAACAAACGUGCGAUGGAAGAUGUGUUUAAAUCUGCAUCAGUAAUUAUUAUAGAGGUAUUAUAUUACUUUCAUCUUAUCUCAUUCCAUCUUAUGCCCUUAUCUUAGAUAAGUUCAAAACUUAUCUAACUUUAACUUAUCUUGAUAAGGUCAUGUUGGAGAACAUGGACCAGGGACCCUGUAGUGCUCUUCCCAAAGUGGACUACAUGGCCUGGACUGCCAACAAGAGCUGUCAAAAAAGUAGACCUAAAUAUCCAAACGACUUUGACUUUGAGAUUGCAGAACACAUACUAGAUGAUUUCCUUCUUGGAGAUGUAAUGUACAAAGAUUGGCACCAUUUCUGCUUUUAGGUAAUGGAGAGAGUCAUUGAAAUACUGCCAACGGAAGAACAAGUCAAAGAGAGUGGUGCUCGACUUCGAGGCAGCAACAUGGUAGUCGGGUUUUUACUU